CAUUGUCGCCUGUGUUUUUUGUGAAUGAAAGAAUCCAACCUCAGAGAGCAGCGGAGUAAUUCCGGGAAAAGGCGGACUGACAUUUUGUCGCCAGAGUCGCUUCGACCCAGCAGUGUCUGUAUCUGUGUUGUUGACUGGUGCUUGGGGGGGAACAACCGAACACAGUUGGAUCAUGACAUCAGAAAGAAGCAGCAAAGCCCUGAAGGUGAAGCAGGAAUGUGGCGAGAAUGUGCCCGUCCUGUCGGACAGCGAGCUCAUGUCUCUCACAGUACGAGAGCUGAACCUCCACCUGCGCGGCAUGUCCCGCGACGAGAUCCAAAAGCUGAAGCAGCGCCGGCGCACCUUGAAGAACCGGGGCUACGCCGCCAGCUGCCGAGUCAAACGGGUGUCCCAGCGGGAAGCCUUGGAGCAGCAGAAAACGGAGCUCCAGAGAGAGGUGGAGAGGCUCGGGGUGGAGAACGCCGGCAUGAGGAAAGAGCUGGAGGGGCUUGGAGCGCGUCUAGCUGCGCUCCAGAGGUUCGCCAGGGGCCUGGAGGCCGGCGGAGGCAACCUGCUAGCUACAGCCCCGCGCCUCAACACCGCCUCAGUCAUCACCAUCGUAAAGAGUCCACCACAGCCGCGGUCACAGAGAGAUCAGGAGCCGUCCUAGAAGGAGCUACUGGACAUGGGGGAGGGACGCACAACCUGCAAUGCAAACACACACACACAUAUACUAUACACACACAUGCCGGAGAACAGGAAAACAAUUUUAGUAGGAAAAUUGUAAGCACUUGUCUGCGUUAUGCCUCGUUCACAUUUACAAAUUUCUGUAGGAUUCAUAUACGCAGGAAGGAUUCAUUCCUGUGGGACAGUGUUGACGGAGAGGCGUGUGGCGUCACCUCACAGCUAUGCUUACUUUUCCUAAAGACGGGUGGAGGUGUCCUCCACUUAAUGCCGUUUAAUGACACCGCAGCGUAGGCGACUGAAAUUUGUUUAGAGUUCUGUUCAGAAAGACGCAGCCGUUUUCAUGCGAACGAGGCGGCGAGCACUGAUGCACUCGCAGUCACCGCAGAAAACCCUCACGAGGCGUAUACGUGGACUAACUGGACUCUGACUGAAGCCAGAACAACCCAACAAGAGAUACUCUACAUGUUCACUGCUCAACAAAUCCAGCCGUGACGCUGGUGCUCUCUGAUUGUGUUCCUCGCGAGGCUUCUUCUUCAGGUUAUGGCACCUGAACAGCAACAUGUGAGGGUGGAGCGCAUGUGAGGGUGGAGCGCAUGUGAGGGUGGAGCGCAUGUGAGAGUGGAGCACAUGUGUGCGCAGCUUCCUCCAGCUCCACAACACCUGUACUCCUGGUACAUGUAGUCUGAAGUUCAUAACAACCCAUGUGUCUCUGCUACUGUGCAAGAAAGUGUCCCAAAGUAUGAUUCAUUCACUUGUGUUAGUCAUUAAUGCAGAGUUUCUCAACCUCGAUGUCACUUGAUGUGCAGGCGGGGUCACGGGAGAGGACUAUUAAAACCGCUCGGGUCACGAUGGUUUUAGAAAUAACUUCAGUCCAGAAAAAGGUUGAGAAACGCUGACAUUUCUGAGUUCUGGGAUUCACCUUCCACUACUUCCUUCCUGUUCCCCCCCUCCCAUGUGAGGGGGGAAAGUAGUUUUGUACUGCUUGUGUACACACUUCUCACAUUAAUGCAGUGCCUUCAGUGUAUGUAGGAGCUAGAAGAAUGCAAACCUAAGAGGGGAAAGGGUAAAACAGACUGUAAUCGCUCAUUGUUGACUGUUCACGACCGCACAUUUCUUUUAAGAUUUUUCUGGAUUCUCCUGUUUUUCUGAGCUAUAAUCCUGCAUUGCUCAUUACACAAUCCCUACUGUGCAGUAACUUUGCUAAAGUCUGCUGUGGCUUCCUUUUUCUUUCAUAUCUGGUAGACUCCCAACAACAGAUGUUGGUCAUUUUGCUACAAACGUGUAAUAGCGGAGUCGCAUCUGGUAGGAAUUACACUCGAGUCGAUGCAAAUCCUCCGCAUACAUUCCCGUUUUGUGUUCUUAUUUGUAAUGUUUGUACGUGCCGUUGAGAGACGCAAAUGUUGAGUGACAUUUAUCAGAGAUAUAUUCUAUAUUUUAUUUGUAUUUAAAGGUAGAUGUUAUGAAAAGACAAGCUAACGAGUGCUGUGAUGUUCUAUGUGUUUUCAGAAGUACUUACUUAUGACUAGUCCGGGGAUAUUCUCAUGUCUAAUUAUUGUGUUGUGUGGCAACGAUGAUUACUUUACAAAAAUGUUAAUUAUUAGCUAUGUAGAAAUAUGCUCAAAGCCAAUGGCCAUAUUGCUGUAUGAUGAUUUUCGUGUGUGUGUGUUUUUGCCAUGUGUGUUCUGGCUUGUCAUAGUGGAUUCUUGGAGGGAUAUUAUUUUUCUAUGAUGAUUCGUAUGUUUUAUUUGUGUGAAAAAUUAAGGUCACUUCUGUAUUGGCUGGGUGGGCAGAUACACGGGAUGUUAGAGGACGACGUGGAAAGAGAAAGAUGGAGAUGAGGAGGAGACAAGAAGGUUGAGGAGUUGUUGGAUGAUGGAGAAAGAAAGUAGGCAAGGCGGGCGAGGAAAGGAGGUGGAGAAGAGGUGGUGCUUUAUUCACUUGAAACCCUCCAUCAGGCCUGUUCCACACAGGCGUGGCUGGAGUCUCGGCCACUGAAUAGUGCUAGCAAUAUCAUAUAUAAGCAGGCAUUGUAACACAUUAGACUGUGUUGACAAAUAACUCUUACGAUAUGAGGCAUAUAUUUAGCUAUAUGAAUAUCAGUGUGGCAAAAAAGCAUUUAUUCUCAAUAUGUUAACGUCUCACAUCUGUCAAACUGUGCUGGAUGUUUUGUAAUACUUUGCAAAACAAAAAAUGUUUUUUGUAUUUAUUACUUGUAUUUUUUCUAUUGUGAAAAUUUAAGUACAUUGUCUAUUUUAUAUAUUAAUUAUAAUAAAUGUUGUACAUAUUGUACAUAAAAUGGUGCGUUUGUGGUUGUGGGCUGGCUUGGAACGGAAGUGGAUCUACAGGAUGUGUUGCACGAGUUUAUCGCCGGAUCAGAAGAUAAACUCAAACACCAAGGAUCAAAAGUAGAUAAUAGUUUUAACCCUUUGUGCCUCGCUCGCGACGUUUUUGUAUUUUAUUUUUCGAUAGUUUUAGCCGACGUUUGGAAGAUUAAGCUCAGCUCUUAUAAUAAACGCUGUAACUAAAAUACAGACAUUUAAAACCCACGGCUGUUACAGCACGUGUCACAUCAGACUUCACAUCUGGAGCUCUGGAUUUAAAAAUGUAGUUUGGACUAUUUUCCACUAGAUUGAGCCAUUUUCUCAUGUUUGUCCUUCAUAAACAUGAUUUUCUCCUACACAAAAGAUAAAGAUGCUGCUCAUCGUCCCAACCCAGACUGAAGAUAAUCCCUUUAGCAUACAGAUAAUAACGUGUGUGUGUCAUGUUAACUACUUAUGAUAUGUGGUAGUGAUGUCGGGUCAAAGCUGUAAAUGAUAUUAAUAUUAUGGCAGUUUCUUGACAUAACAAAGACAAAACAAACAAGCUCAUAACUUUCAUAUUAAACUAAAUAUCUUUUAUUAUAUCUUCAGAUAUUUCUCCAUGUGACAUGAAACAAUAGCAUCAUGAGCAGCUUCAUAUACAGAGAACUAGAAACAAUAAGACAUGAAGUACAAAUACAAAACUAUGUAUUUUCCUCCUGUGCUCCAUCUUUACAGCAUAUAUGACUAUUUGAACAUUCAGAACUUAAAACUGGAUUUACAUUAUUAGUGUGCAGCAUUGUUUACAUCUCGCACGCAGAGAAAGGAUGAAGCUUGAGCGUGAAACAUCAGGACAGACCACCUGCUGUGUGAUGUCCACCAUCAUAAGACCUUUUGUCAGCGUGUAUACAGGUGUUUAUGAUCCCUGAUAUCGUGCUAUUACUGCACGGCUUUGUUGAAUACUUGAUUCUGUGACUAUUUGUUUUAGCAGAAGCAAAAAAAAUAUGAUUUCAAAUCAAUAAAAUCACUUU